GGUGCCAACAGGAAGUCAACAUUUCGAGGAAACCAGCGUAAGCUGUCUUUUGUUUUGUUUUGUGUUUCUUUUUCCGUACCAAAGUAACCGUAUAUUUUUAUUAGCGUAUUUGUCUAUAACGCGUGUUUAACUUGUAUUCUACAUUGUUUUUUGUGUGUUAGGUUUAUUCUUGUUCAGGGAGUCGGUUGUUUUUUGACGUUGACAGGGUGUUAGCUUAUCAGGCUAAUAGGAAAGCUAACAGGCCAGGAAACCAUCUGUUCAUUGUCUGCUCUUGUGGCAAAUACUGGCUUUAUCGAUCAUCUCCGCUUUUCUUCUGACAUAUUGUGUAUAUCUGAUCGGAAAAGAGUCCAGCGUCGCUGUCAUCCCUGUAUCGCCCAGGUAUCCUCAUCUGUCCCGGGUUCAAGGCCUUGAGCUGCUCUAUCACUGAUCUCUAAUCUACAAAAGGAAGAGUAUAAAUAAGGAGUAACUGACUCUUAAAACAACGCCAAGUGUUAAGGAGAAGUUGUAAUUAUGUAUGCUCCACCUGGUUCCACUCUCCCCGGAGGUCGAAGAAGGAGAGCGGGCACUUCCCUGCCCAAGCAGCCGGAGCGCAGCCUGGUGUCGGCUCUGCCCGGGGCUCUCUCCAUCACAGCGCUGUGUACGGCUCUAGCUGAGCCGGCCUGGCUAAGAGUUCACGGUGGGGCCUGUCCCAGACAGGAGCUCGGAGUAGCUGAUGUCCUGGGGUACAUCGAUCCCAAACUUCUGGAGGAUUACUGUGUUAACCCACAAACCAUCCUGCUGCUGAGGGUCAUUGCUGCCUUCUGUUUCCUUGGCAUAUUAUGUAGUCUAACCGCUUUUCUGUUGGAUGUGUUUGGACCCAAACAUCCUGCACUAAAAAUCACACGCAGAUAUGCUUUUGCACAUAUAUUAACAGUUUUGCAGUGUGCCACAGUAAUUGGGUUCUGCUACUGGGCCUCGGAACUGAUCUUGUCACUUCAGCAGCAGCACAAAAAAUACCACGGCUCUCUCAUAUACGUCACUUUUGCCAUCAGCUUCUACCUGGUGGCAGGUGCAGGUGGCGCAUCCAUCCUCGCCACUGCCGCAAACCUCCUCCGCCACUACCCCACCGAGGAAGAGGAGCAGGCCCUAGAGCUGCUCUCAGAGAUGGAGGACAGCAGCGAGACUUUUCCUGCCGAUUAUGACAUUGCCAAUCAGUUUCAGCCGCCACCCGCCUACACGCCCUAAUCCAACCAAGCUGGCCUUGCAAACAUCUAUAUCUCUGAGCACAGCUAUGUGCUUGAUGUGCAAACUACGCUCAAUUUAUCAAAUGGAUACCUUUGCAAAUACUCUUGGCAAUGAAAGAAAUGUGUGCACAAAUUAGUGCGUUGAUUCCUUGAAAGACGGUGGCUUGGGUGCAUGAAAGCUUUCUUUAGUGGUGGCAUCAAUUUAAGACUUAAUUCUUACUUAAUUCUCACUGCUAAGGUGGUUAGUGGUUUGCAUGUAAAUGGCUUUUAGGAUCUGGUCCUUACAUGUAAAGAUAAAGUCAUCUGCAAAAUAAGCACCAAACGGCGCUCAUCACGAGAAACGGAAUAAGCAGCUGCAACGCUGUUGUUGAAUGUUGUCAUCAGCCAUAGCUAUGAUUGGACUUGGAUGGAGCCUUGCUAAACAGCAUUGUGAUUUCAUUUGAUACACUUGUCAUGUUUGUAUGUUUUUCUUGAUGCUGCAUAGUUGCAGAAACACAUCAACACUGACAAGAUUGUUUUAAACAUGUAUUUUAUACAACAAUGGACCUUAUUUAUUCUGUGUGCUGUCUUUUUUUUUCUUUUUUCUUUUGCUUUAUUAUUCACUACUUUCAUCCCUUAUUUCACCUUCGUGCUAGAAAUAACAGAAGCAUUUACAAAAUCGCAAGGCAAGACUUUUUAGUGUUUUUAAAAAACACGGUUGGAUUUUAGAUGCAGAGAAAGCGUUGUUCAACAGCAAACCUCACAGCAUAAAUGUUAAUUAUGUCACCUUUGUUGUGUUUGAAUUUUAAAAAAAAGAAUUUGUUUAUGCUCUGUGAAUACCAUGUGUGACCACUUUGAUAAGUUUUUCCAUGCCUACGCUCUGCUGAUCUCAGAUUUUGGAGCAUGGUCAGAACCUCAUGGAUGUUCCACACAAGGUUCCUGCUGAUGUUUGAGUUUGUGACUGAUGUAGUGAUUGCACAUUUGUUUGGUUUCUGCAUUUUGUUCUUCACUGUAUUUUCUUCACCUUUAUGUAAAUAUUGAUUGUUUAUACAUAAAGUGGCCAUUAUAACAAUGUCAUAUUUGCCUUCUAUUCAUCUGUAGAUCGACAAAUUGUUCUUUUUUUUUGUGAAUCUUCACUGUGAGUUGUCUCCCACUACAGGUGCAUCUCAAUAAAUUAAAGUAUCA